GUAUGCGCGCGUAGCAAAUCACGGCACGGCAACUCCACCGCAAACUGGCGUCUCCGUCGCCCGCGCUCACCGGAAAAUUGCAUUCCGGAGCCCUUGAUUGGAUCGGCGAUGAGUGCUCCGUCGCGAGAAGAGGAGUCGAAAGAGGACGAGGAGGAGAACCGGCUACUGGAAGGGCAACCGGAGGAGGAAGAGGUAGCCUACGAAGCGGGGGAGAAGAUCCUGGUGGUGGAUUUCGAGUUUGAUUCGGUGGACGAUUCGAGCGUGCCUCCUUUCUCAUGGAAGAAGCUGUGGAUGUUCACUGGGCCUGGGUUCUUGAUGAGCAUAGCGUUUUUGGAUCCAGGGAAUCUUGAAGGGGAUCUACAAGCUGGAGCCAUCGCGGGCUACUCACUUCUCUGGCUGCUAAUGUGGGCCACCUUCAUGGGCCUCUUGAUCCAGCUUCUGUCUGCCAGAGUUGGUGUCGCCACGGGCCGCCACCUCGCCGAGCUUUGCAGGGACGAGUAUCCCAAUUGGGCUCGCCUCGUGCUUUGGUUCAUGGCCGAGCUGGCCCUGAUUGGUGCUGAUAUUCAAGAGGUUAUUGGAAGUGCCAUUGCCAUCCAAAUUCUUAGCCGUGGCUUUCUCCCUCUCUGGGCUGGAGUUCUAAUUACUGCUUCUGAUUGCUUUGUUUUUCUGUUUCUUGAGAACUAUGGAGUGAGGAAGUUGGAAGCUGCUUUUGCAGUUCUCAUCGCUACCAUGGCUCUUUCUUUUGCUUGGAUGUUUGGUGACGCAAAACCUAGUGGGAAAGAACUUUUAAUGGGUAUUUUGGUUCCGAGACUAAGCUCGAAAACAAUUCGUCAGGCUGUGGGUGUUGUGGGUUGUGUCAUUAUGCCUCACAAUGUUUUCUUGCAUUCGGCUUUGGUGCAGUCAAGGAAGAUUGAUCCCAAUAAGAAAGGUCGGGUACAGGAGGCUCUCAACUACUAUUCAAUUGAGUCAUCGGCUGCGCUUUUGGUCUCUUUCAUGAUCAAUCUAUUUGUCACAACCGUUUUUGCUAAGGGUUUUUAUGGAACAAAGCAGGCAAGUAGCAUAGGAUUGGUGAAUGCAGGACAGUAUCUUGAAGAAAAGUAUGGAGGAGGACUCUUCCCUAUUCUUUAUAUAUGGGGAAUUGGGUUGUUGGCAGCAGGGCAGAGUAGCACCAUCACUGGCACGUAUGCUGGGCAAUUCAUAAUGGGAGGUUUCCUCAACCUUCGUUUGAAGAAAUGGUUGAGAGCAUUGAUCACUCGAAGUUUUGCAAUUGUGCCAACUAUAAUUGUAGCUAUUGUUUUUAAUAGAUCCGAAGCCUCAUUGGAUGUUUUGAAUGAAUGGCUCAAUGUGCUUCAGUCCAUGCAAAUUCCCUUUGCUCUGAUUCCCCUCCUCACAUUGGUGUCAAAAGAGCAGAUCAUGGGGACCUUUAGGGUUGGCCCUGUUCUUGAGAGAGUGGCGUGGACUGUUGCUGGACUGAUAAUAGUAAUUAAUGGGUAUCUCUUAUUAGAUUUCUUCCUUUCUGAGGUGAAUGGCCUGCUGCUUGGCCUUGUAGCUUGCUCCUGCACAGCAGCCUAUGUUGCAUUCAUUGUAUAUUUGGUUUCACAGAGCGGUGCUCUUCCUUCUGCUUGGGUUAAUCGCCUUCCCAAGGGAUUUUCUUUUACUGGGAAUUAAGUCAACAAAGUUCACACACCAUUGAAAAUUUGGAAACAGUACGGCAAACUUCUGUUAGACAAUUUUGCUUGAGGAGUUUUGCUCCAUACACCAUAAAGUUUUAUAGAGUUUAUCUAACCUUGCAACCUUCACUAAAGGGAAUACAAGGUCAGAUAGUAGAAAGUACCUAGAUUUAACUGCACUUCAAUUUUUGCAAUACACUUAGAGUUUACCUUCCAUGCGUAACAAAGUGGAGAUAUCUUUUUGUAAUGGAAGAUGUGGAGGGAGCAUCCUUACAACUUGCAGGAUAAAUUACUGUCCUGCCUGCUUAUUCCUUUUUCUAACAAGUUGUGAAUUGCUCUAUUAUUCUUUAAUGUAAACAGUUUGUAUUUAACUUGGAAGAACUGGCACAUGUUGCUUUCAAUUGCUAAGGGUAGCCAGGUAAGACGAAAAACAUAAGUUGUAGGGGUUAAUUAAUAGUGCAAUGUGGAGUACAUUUAUUUUAUCAUUUUUUUG